GAGUUUGAUUUGAAAAUCGCCCAUAGCCGUAUUUUAUCUGCCGACGGGCGCCGGUGAGUGAGGGAGAGAGAGUAGAGAGAGCAGAGAGUUGCGAGAGAGAGAGAGAGCGGUUGGUGAGCAGCUCGAUGGCAUCGGUGGAGGAUGUGGUGGUAGGGAACAAGCAGGUGUUGCUGAAGCACUUCAUCCCGGAAGGGGCGCCCAAGGAGACGGACAUGGAGCUGGUGACGACGGGCACCAUCCGGCUGCGGGUGCCGGAGGGCUCCAACGCCGUGCUCCUCAAGAACCUCUACCUGUCCUGCGACCCUUACAUGCGGCCGCGCAUGACCAAGCACGAGGAUUCAAGCUACGUAGAUGACUUCAUCCCCGGCGCGCCAAUAACUGGUUUCGGUGUUGGAAAAGUUGUGGACUCCAGCUACUCUGAUUUUAGAACUGGUGACUAUGUGUGGGGCCAAAUUGGUUGGGAAGAGUAUAGCCUCAUCACAAAGCCACAAGGACUUUUCAAAAUUCAUCACACUGAAAUUCCACUUUCUUACUAUAUUGGUAUUCUUGGUAUGGUAGGUCUUACAGCUUAUGUUGGAUUUUAUGACAUUUGCUCUCCAAAGAAGGGGGAGCGUGUUUUUGUAUCUGCAGCAGCAGGUGCUGUUGGCCAAAUUGUGGGACAAUUUGCCAAACAAUUUGGCUGUUAUGUUGUCGGAAGUGCUGGUUCUGACGAAAAGGUAAAUCUUUUGAAGACUAAGUUUGGCUUCGACGAGGCUUUUAACUAUAAGAAGGAACCUGAUCUGACUAAAGCUUUGAAGAGGUACUUCCCUGAAGGCAUUGAUAUCUACUUUGAGAAUGUAGGUGGUUCAAUGCUUGAAGCUGUUCUUCAAAACAUGAGAAUCAAAGGUCGAAUUGCGGCUUGUGGGAUGAUUUCUCAGUACAACCUUGAAAAACCUGAAGGGGUGCACAACUUGUUUCUCAUUGUUAGCAAGCGCAUCCGGCUCGAAGGGUUCGUGAUAUUUGAUCACUUUGGCAGCUAUCCAGAGUUUGAAGAGAAGGUGGUGCAAUUGAUAAAGGAAGAGAAAAUUAAGUAUUUGGAAGACAUAGUUGAAGGCCUUGAGAAUGCCCCUGCAGCACUUAUAGGUCUCUUCGAAGGUCGAAAUGUCGGAAAACAGGUGGUUGUAGUCUCCCGCGAGUGACCCGAUUGUGAAAAUUCGCAUUGAGCCAAUAAAUCAAGGAUUGUAGAACGGCAACAAGUUUGUGAUUGUUAUUAGUAUAUUUAAACCUUGUUCCUGUGUGAAACUUUAAUGGAAGAGAGGAUAUUCUCUUCCUAUAUGACUUGUGCAUCUUUAGUUGCGGUUUGUGGAUCUUGUGGCAAAUAAUAAAUAAAAUUUGCAACUUCGUUUUGUUAUUUU